CCAUUCCAACUAGCUCUAUCGGUCAACAAGAGCAGGUUAGUAGACUAGUAUUACUAUAUUUGGGCGAAAUUUCUUAUCCACAUUUCCACAUUCAUUGAUAGUCAAUCUGGGAAACAACUAAUGGAUCAAGCUUCUACAUUUCUGGCAACACAAAGGUAUGCUGUUGUUACAGGUGCAAACAAGGGGAUUGGAUAUGAAAUAUGCAGGCAAUUAGCUUCAAAAGGGGUGAAGGUGGUGUUAACUGCCAGAGAUGAGAAGAGAGGUGUUGAAGCUGUUGAGAAACUGCAGAAAGAGUCUGACCUCUCUCAUCACCAUGUCGUUUUCCAUCAGCUUGAUGUCGUUGAUCCUGCUAGUAUUGCUUCUCUCGCAGAUUUCAUCAAAAUUCACUUUAGGAAGCUAGAUAUUCUAAUAAAUAAUGCAGGGAUUGGCGGAGUUAUGUUAGAUGCUGAUGCUUUCGCCAGAGGAUUUGAGCUUUCCAGUGGUAAAUGGCCCGAAGGAAAUUAUUGGAAUGAAAUAAUUUUGGGCCAAACCUACGAAAAGGCAGAAGAAUGUGUGAAAACAAACUACUAUGGUACAAAGGCAAUGGUUGAAGCACUUGUUCCACUCCUUCAAUUGUCAUAUUCACCUAGAGUCAUUAACAUUUCCUCCUUGUUUGGAUUAUUGAAGAAUAUACCCAAUGAAUGGGCCAAACAAGUGCUAAGCGAUGAAGAAAAUCUAACAGAAGAAGGGAUCGACGAGGUUAUAACCCAAUUUCUUAAAGAUUUCAAAGAAGGUCAAGGUAUGUUAGAAGCAAAAGAAUGGCCUGUGCAAUUCUCAGCUUACAAAUUAUCGAAAGCUGCCAUGAAUGCAUACACAAGAGUAUCGGCCAAGAAGUAUCCAAAGAUUUGCAUUAAUAGUGUGCACCCUGGCUAUGUGAAGACCGAUAUAACUUGUAACACUGGUGAAGUGAGUGUUACCAAAGGAGCUCUAGGUCCGUUGAGGUUGGCACUCCUACCAAAUCAACACCCUACUUCUGGCCAUUUCUUUUUCGAGGACCAACCCUUACCUUAUACUUUCUAAUCAUAAUUAAGAACAAUAUACAUGAAAACACACCCCUGUCUGUACUCUCUCUCUCUCUCUGCCUAUGUUCAUUUCCAGAUAAAUCAAUUUCAUUAUUGUCGUUUGUUUUAAGAAUAAGAACUACACGCAUUUCUAUGUCAUGAGCUUCUGUGUAAUAUUGUAACUUUUCAAU